UUUUAGCUGCUCCUGUGCCCAGUAUCCAGACGUGAACCGCACUUUAUGUUACCGCUGCUUGUCUUAUUAAAAAGUACAGUAACCCCGAGCUCACCAUUUACGUGCGUGAAACCGACUUCUAAGGUUCCGACAAAAACCUCCUACUACUUACUUAUAGGCACUUGGCAGCUAUAACACUGACUUAAAGCGCUGAGAUGUUUCGUCAACUCGUAGAGCAACUCCUCUGCAGCAGUGACUUUGAAUAAUUGAUAGGAAUAUUUGCUGAAAGAAAGCGGCGUAUUACUUGGCAACUAGACUAAAUUGUCGCAUUGAACAGACGAUCUUUAUUUUGUAUUCACGCGUGGUUAUUUUUGGAUCCGGCCCGACCCCUUGUAAAUGAACCGUUAUUCCCUUAUUUGCAUAUUUAUUGGAGGGUUUAAAAAUCUCCGUCGAAUUAACACACCUAUAUUAUAUGGCCACACGCGUUCCUGCCUGGUAGUGAUAGUUUGUCACAUGUUACUUUAUUCGACAGUAGUCAGACACUGAUGUGUGUGUUUUUCUUUCUUUUCUUUUUAAGAGUAACGCAGAAAGGCCGAGUUGAACGAUACAAUGUAAAGUCGUGUCAGUGUUGUCGUGCGCGUGUCGCCUCGGCAUGAAUUAUGACAAUAAUAAUCAUGAUGAAGUGUCAGCUGGCCGCGCUCGUUGGGCUGGAUUGCGGUGUCACGACUGUCAAGUGCUGCUCAGAUUAAUCGCCACCUCAAAUUGCACGAAUAAAUAUCUAUCCAUAAAUGUUGAUGUCCAGAGGCGGGAGGAGCGUUUCGGGCGUCGGACUGGACGCGGCUCGCGCGUGCAAAGCGUUGUUUUAUGAACAAACAACUUUUGGGAAAUUUCAUCGGGUGAUGACGUAGGGAGCAGUAAAGUUGAGUCCCGGAGCCAAGAGGAGGCUUUCAUUGUACUCUUGAAGCGCAUCGCUGCUUCUGCGUGCAUCCGAGCGCCGGAGAGCUCGACUCCUCGCCUUCCAGGGCUCCGCGGACGUUUCGUGUUUGCGUGGAUGUUCGCUUAGGAAGUUGCGGUCGAGUUGGACGAGUAGUUUGGGAAGCGCGGCUCCGUGUUUUGUGGCGGCCGUGGAACCGGGGGGCCAGGCAGACGGAGACAGGCGCUGGCAGGUCCCCUGCGCUCGCCGUGGAAUAUGCUCAGUUUAGCCAAGUACUGCUGUCCAAACACCUCGGAUCCAUGGUGAGGAGAAAGAAGAUCCCAUCCGCUCCCGACCAGCACAAAAAUGGGAUGACCGCGAGCCUCGGAGAGGGCAGCGGGGACGAAGGGCCGAAGAAAUUGAGCCGAAAGCUGGACGCCUGCGAGGAAGAGGAGAGCGCCGAGCAGGGAGGCGAGGAGGAGAGCCAUACAAAGAGGGACGGACAGCAGAGUCCUAAUCCAUCCUGCACGGCUCCGUCCGGGUCGGCACCGGCUCCGUCCACCUCCACGCCGAGCCUGCCGCAGGCGCAGGACUCGAACCCGCCGGCGCAGGCGUCCGUCCCGGCGCCUCCGAACCAGGACCAGCAUCAUUUCCUCCGCUCGAGCGUGCGACCUCCCAGCAAGCGGCUGCGGAAGGACUCCAUAGCCGCGGCCACGAACGGGCACGGCGCUGCCAGGGGGAAAGGAGCUGAGAAUGGGGCUUUGGCACCUGUGGGCUGUGGCCAGUCUGGCUCACCUGUGGGCUUGGCCACGGGUGUUUCUAAGUCUGCUCCCCGGAACCUUGGGCCCAGCGACAAGGAGGAGCCAGGUGGAAGCCAGAAGAAAGCAAGAAGACAGUGGGAAUCUUGGAGCACAGAAGACAAGAACUCCUUUUUUGAGGGGCUUUAUGAGCAUGGCAAGGAUUUUGAAGCCAUCCAGAAUAACAUUGCACUGAAGUAUAAGAAGAAAGGAAAGCCGGCCAGCAUGGUUAAGAACAAGGAGCAGGUCCGCCACUUCUACUACCGCACCUGGCACAAGAUCUCGAAGUACAUCGACUUCUCCAAUGUGUACUCACGGGUGCUGAAGAAGUCGUCGCGGGAGCUGUAUGGGCUGAUCUGCUACGCGGAGCUGAGGAAGAAGGUUGGCGGCUUAAUGGAUGAUAAGAACGUUGCCAAACUCAAUGAGCUCAUUCAGCAGGGGGCAACCACUGUGCGCUCCAAGGGUAGAAACCUGCGGAUCAAAGCACCCAUGUGCCGUGCACUUAAAAAACUCUGCGACCCUGAUGGUGUGAGUGACGAGGAGGACCAGAAACCCGUGCGUCUGCCUCUCAAAGUGCCGGUAGAGUUGCAACCGCGUAGCAACCACUCAUGGGCACGUGUACAAAGUCUGGCACAUAACCCCAGGCUAAGGAUGGUGGUUGAACUCCACAGGAAGGUGUCCAGCCUGAUUGAGUUCCUCAAGCAAAAGUGGACUGCACAGGAUCAGCGCAUUUGGAAGAGCCUAGAGGAGCGGGAGGCUCUGGAAGGGCAGCAGCGGUCUUCUUGGGGCAUGGAGCGAGAAGAACUUUUCCUCUACCCUGCAGAGAACAGCAACCUGACCCCUCUCCCUGGUGUGGCCAGAGUCGUGCACUCCAAGGCCUAUUGCACCGUCCACUGGCUAGAGAGUGGGAAGUGUCGUCCUGGGGCCAAAGACCUUCCUGCUGCUCAGAUCCUAGGCAUUCAAGCAGCCCCCAAGGGUCCUGGUCGACAGGGGCGUAUGGGAGGCGGAGAGGUGCGGCGAGCAGAAGGGGGGACAGCAGCAGAAGGAGCAGGUGAUGUGUCCACAGGUGGUGCAGAAGACAAAAAUUACUCAAACACUUUGCAUAACAUUGCUCCCCCUCUGCACACCCUCCUUCCAGGACAAAAGGAAAGGAGUGGCCCUGUCCCCAUGGAUGGCGAUCCAUCCCAGAUGGAGGGGCAGAGUAGCUCAGGAGAGGGGGGCACCUUCAGGGAAGUGGGAGGGGACUCUUCAGUGACGGACUCAGACAAGCAAGCUCCUGGUCUGGUGGUGAAGGAAGGCCCAUGUCUUGAGGGAAACGCAUCACCUAAGAAGGACCAGUCCUGUUCUCUCAGGGAUACUGGGGCAGUCUUGCAUUGCAGGGAGGAGAGGACCAUGGGGGGGACUCGGUCUCCUGAGCAACCAGGGGUUGGCACUGAGGCUCCACCUCCAGUUCCACUGGGGGAUGCUUGCACUAAAGAUGCCCAACCCUCAGAAGAGGGGCAUUCGGAGCCUGGCCGUAGUAGGGGAGGAGGGGGUGGGCCAACUGGAAAAGAGGAGGCUGGUGGUGGUGGGCAGACUGGGAGGCUACCCCAGCAGAUCAGGGAAGAGGGCUGGAGUGCCCACAGCACAGAGAACGUGACCCUCGCUGAGGUCUACCUCAUGCUGGGGAAGCCAGGGAAGCUGCAGUUGGAAUAUGAGUGGCAGCCUGUGUCCCGGAGCGACCAGCGACCGCAGCCUGCCCCCAGCGUCCACCGUGUCCUGCGCUGCCUACUGCGCCUCAUCUCCACUGAGGUCAAUCCCAAACCGGCUCCAGAGCUAUGUUCCACUGCCACGUCUCCAAUGAAGGCAGUCCAGGAGGAGCACACUUUUACCCCACCAGGGAAGGUGCUUACCUUGGGGGUACGCAGCCCAAGCUGUGGCCGCCAUCAGACCUCCAUUCGGGGCUUGCGGAACCUCCCACGCUCCCUGGUGGCGACAGGGCCCCCCGUGGAUGCAGACAGUGGCCUCUUUGCCAUCCCAACAAUGCUGCCCCCCAACAGCAGGCAUGGCAAGAUGUUGUCCCCCAACAAAGAGGCAGAGCGAGCAUUUCGACAGCAGCUGGACUCAAUUAGUUCUGACAUAUUUCUCCCCAAGCAGAGGAAGCCGAGGAGUCGACUGCGCAAACCUCUGGUGGUGCAGAGAACACUACUCCCUCGAACCACAGGGGACACCCCACAGCAUGUCUGCUCCUUCUCCAUCCUCUCAAACUCCUCUGUGGCAGGCACUGGCUCCUUCCGACCUAUCCAGCCACCUCUGGCUUCCACUUCCCGCCCCCUCAUUGCCAAGGCCGCUCCUUUAAGUUCCUCCACUUCCACUCAGCUGUCUAGUACUAUAGAUCUGGCUGCCAAGUCAGCGGGCAUCAUCCCCUGCAGCCCCGCCCGCGAGUUGGCGGAAUCUGCUCCAGACGGUCUUCUCCUGACCCCCGGUGUGGUGAUGGCAGAGCCAGAGAGCAGACUGGUCCACCAACCAUCAGCAGCAAUUGUUUCCACGGAGGUUACACUACAAAACAGCCCUCCUCCCCCCUCUCCAGCUACUGAUGCAGAUUCAAUCCUCUCACCGCCCAGUGUGGCCUCUCUCCUGGAUAUAUCACUGCCUGGCCCCCCUGAGGAGGUCCUGUCACAGGGAGAGCCUGCUACCCAGAUCAGCGACUCGAUCAUUGAGCUCGCCAUCAACUCCUCAAACUAUGGUGAUGGUCCUUCCCUUUCCCCUGCCAAGCUCAAUGGUGGCGAUGCCUCCAAGAACAUUCCCUCCCCUGUCAGUAGCCCCCACAGGAAUUGGAUUGAAUCGCCCACCCAUGACCCGCAGUGGUACCCCAAUGACUCGAGUGACUCGUCGCUGGGCUGCCUGCUCUCGAGCCUGAUCUCCCCAGAGAAGGGACGGAAGAUGCUGCUUACGCCUACAGGCCCCUCCAGCGGGACAUCACUGCUGGGGCCCAGCCUGCUAGACAGCAGCUCCCACGAUUCCUUCCACACACGUGGCCUUGGUGAUGUUGGAGAGGUGGACACCCAGCUUGCUUGCAUGAUGAGUGAGAACAGCGUGGACUACAUUGCGCGCUUCAAUGAUUUGGCACAGGAGCUGUCGGUCACUGAGCCGCCCCUCCCACCCCCCAACCAUGAUGGUGCCGGCUGAAAAGGACGAUGGGAUGAGAUGGGGCUGCUGGGGUUCUUUUGCCUCCCCCAGGCAUCCAGAGAAUUGAGAUGUUUUUGGCAGUCGCUUCAUAAGCAGGACACGGUGGAUGGAUCGAAAACAGACAAGUCUGAGAAUGUGCAAUAAAGGGUGACUGGGACAGUAGCCUGGAACACGAGCUAUGACAGAGCACUGUGGUGCAAACAUGACUGAACAUGCGUUUAACUCCCUUGAUUGUGAUAUCAUGUCACAGCACUGGGACCUGGUGCAGGAGCAGCACCGGUUCGGUGGUUCCUGAACGUGUCCCCAAGACAGAGGAUGUUGGCAGUCUUCAGCAUACCCUUUCUAUAAAACACUUCAGUAGAAUUUAUAACUGAACUUAGUUGACAAAAAUGCAAUUUUUUUUUUUUUU